CCACCACCACCACCGAGGCUAGCUUUACACCUUACCAUUUUACCGAGAACCACGAACAGACGAGGCACAACAACCCUCACCUUCUGUCUGAACGCGCAACCCCCCCACGCCAUGUCGCGCAAGGGCGUGGGCAUCGGCGCCUUCGACCGGUCGCGCGUCACGUCGGCGCACUACGCCUCGCACGGCUCAUCCCUGCGCGCGACCAACGCGCAGGCACUCGAGACGCAGCUGUCCGUCUUCCGGUCGCUGCUGCAGCAGUUUGCGCAGACUCACGCCAAGGACAUCCGCUCCGACCCGUCGUUCCGCGCCCAGUUCGCGCGCAUGUGCACCGCCAUUGGCGUCGAUCCCCUCGCCACCAGCAGCAGCAGCGGCGGCGGUUCUGGCAGCGGCUCGUCGUCGAUAUGGGCGCAGCUGCUCGGCAAGACGGUCAACGACUUUUACUUUGAGCUCGCGGUCCGGGUGGUGGAGGUGUGCGGCGCGACGAGGGGCGAGAAUGGAGGGCUCAUUGGCCUGCGCGAGGUGCGCGAGCGCCUAUCCCCCUCGGCGGCGGCCUCUGGAGGAGGAGGAGGAGGAGGAGGAGGCGGCGGCGGCGGCGGCGGCGGUGGUGGCACCAGUGGCGACGGCAUAAUAUCCGAAGACGACGUGCGGCGUGCCGUGGAGACGCUCCGGCCCCUCGGCGGCAGCUACGGCAUCGUGCGCGUCGGGCGCAAGGAGUACAUCCGCAGCGUGCCGCGCGAGCUGAGCGGCGACCAGGCGGCGGUUCUCGAGGCCGCCCAGGUGCUCGGCUACGUGAGCGUCACCAUGCUGCGCGACAACCUCGGCUGGGAGGGCGCCCGCUGCCGCACCGUCAUCGACGACCUCGUCGCCGAGGGCAUGCUCUGGGUCGAUAAGCAGACGCGCGGCGAGUGGGAGUACUGGAGCCCCAGCUUCAUGCUCGACGCCCCCGCCCCCGACCCCUAUGACGAUGACGCCGCCUUGGACGGGCCUGUUGCUGUGGCUGCUGGUGUGGUGACCGUCGAGGGUGGCUGAGGCAUUCGUUGCUUUGGUGACAUCGGCCAAAGAAACUAGACAUUACGACUCGACGAUCAGAACACUAGACGGGUGGCACAAAAUUGAUACCCAAUAGUCCUGAUGACAUGACCCAGGGGAAGCCGACCACGCCUGAUGGACGCAGAGUAUCAAGGCUCAAGACUUAAGGCGACGCAGCGGCAACGCAUAGUCAAAUACUCACCGCUGCAUGGCACUGCACACCGGACUCAGCGCGUUCUAGACAGAAUCUAGAUUAGGAGACAAUAUCUAAGCCGAGGAACAUCGCGCAACUAGAUAUAAAACAGCAGAUCCGAGCCAAAAGGGGUUUGUACAUGGCGUUUUCUCCCAUCUCCGCGCAGGCAUCGUUAGCGCAACAUCCACCCUCUUGUCUCAUGUCUCUCCUCCCUCUACAUGGACCUCGCCUGUCAUCAGCU